AUGCCCUCUAGCUCUAGAACCGUCCUUAUUACCGGCUGCUCGGCUCACGGGAUCGGAGCAGCUCUGGCCCUCGAACUCGCCCAGCAGGGUCACUUUAUCUUCGCUACAGCCCGAUCCACCGCGAAAGUCCCGAGGACCCUCGCUUCGCUGGCGAACGUACAAGUGCUGCCACUGGAUGUGACGGACCCUACCACAAUUGCCGUGGUUCUGCGCGCGGUAACGGAGCAUGGCCAUGGCCUCGAUGUUCUGGUCAACAAUGCCGGGACGGGGUAUACUAUGCCUUUACUGGAGGCUGACCUUGAUCGCGCGAAGAAAGUCUAUGAUGCGAAUGUGUGGGGGCUGCUACAGCUUAUCCAAGCAUGCAGUGACCUGCUCAUCACUUCCAAGGGACGCAUUAUUAAUAUGAGCAGUGUGGGCGCUGUCGUCAAUACUCCCUGGAUUGGCGUCUAUUCUUCAUCCAAGGCCGCGGUCACACAACUGUCCGAAACUCUUCGCCUGGAGUUAGCUCCCUUGGGGGUCAGCGUGGUCUGCCUAAUGAUAGGCACCAUCACCACCGCGUUUCAUGCCAAUGAGCCCGAGGUAGUCUUGCUGCCGACCUCACGAUAUGCAGCGGUGCGACAAACCAUCUCCGACUGGGCGACCGGUCGAGCCGGCCCCAAAGGCUGCUCCGCCGAUGAGUUCGCCGCCUCCAUUGUCGACGAUGUGCUGGGCAGCGCCGGCGGGCUGGUGUGGAAGGGGCCUAAUAGUGCUGCCGUCAAGUUUGUUUCUCGCUGGUGUCCCGUGUGGUUGUUGGUUCGUUACCCUGCCGUUUCGCUGUUGGUUCUUUGCAUUGUCUUACUUUGA